CCCUGGUCUGCGCCAGACAAUCACAGUGGGCUGCCCUAUUUUCUGCUCGGUACUACCUGUGACUUCAGAAUGUCUGGGCGCGGUAAAGGCGGCAAGGGGCUGGGUAAGGGAGGCGCCAAGCGCCACCGGAAGGUGUUGCGGGACAAUAUCCAAGGCAUUACAAAGCCCGCGAUUCGCCGUCUCGCCCGACGUGGGGGUGUCAAGCGCAUCUCUGGUCUCAUCUACGAGGAGACCCGGGGAGUUCUCAAAGUCUUCCUGGAGAACGUGAUCCGCGACGCGGUGACUUACACGGAGCACGCCAAGCGCAAGACCGUCACGGCCAUGGAUGUGGUGUACGCGCUGAAACGCCAGGGUCGCACCCUCUAUGGUUUCGGCGGCUGAGCAGUCCCCACAGCUUCUCUCCAGACUCCAAAAGGCCCUUUUCAGGGCCCCCAAACUGUCACAGAAAGAGCUGUUAACACUUAACUAGAUACCGGGUAAAUAUCAGCCCUUUGCCGCCUUCCGGAUACCGGGAGUGGGACAUUCGCGACCCGAUCAUCUGCUCCGGAUUAGGUCUGGCUGUAGCGGGGAGGACUAGACCUCAUGGAGGGAACUCCGCCUGUGCUUAGGAACUACCCUGGGAGGUGCCGUGCAACGCAGUAGUAACCUCCCGCUUCUGUGCACCUAAAAUCCAGACUGGGAUUUUGUUUAGAAUAGAGUUUCUACAAAGCCCCAGUGUUAGAACUGGUCAUGGGCGUCUAAGCGGCCGAGUCGUUGGCCCUUAAGCACGUUACGGAUGGCUUCCAUGUAAAUCAGGGCUUAGGUGACUUCCCGCCGACCUUUAGGGGUGAGCGUCAAGCGUCAGAGGGCGGUUCGUGCGUAUGCAGGGCCUGCUAGAUCGCAGGAAAUGGGAGGACGCCGCUACCUGCAAACCUGAAAGCGCCGAAUGCAGCCCUAGUGUGCUUUUCUAAACAUGGAGAAGUCAUUUAGCUUCCGUGGUGUGGUGGACUGAAGUCACUCUAAGGGAGUUUCCCAGCCCCAGGGAUUAAAGAACUGGAGCCAAGACUCGAACCCAGCUGGCGAAGGAUUCUGCACCGCUAGAUCUUGACAUUGCCGCCUCUUCUACCAGAGCAAGUGAUGGCUCUCUAGUGAGUGACUUUGAUAAAGUCCUGUCUAUUCAAACCCCAGAAGAAACUGAACAUUGGUGGAUGACGGAUUUGGGUUCCAAAUGAACUAUGAAUGUUGUAUCAGUCACCAACUGAAGAGACAAUUUUCAUGGACAAAUAAAGACACUUAAGAUUUUAAUUGGGAACUCACUUGCUCAGAGUGGCAAGACAAAUUCCAGAAACACAGAAGAGAAAGAGCAAAG